UAAAAUACAUGUAUUAUUCUCACAAUCUUAUGUUACGCAGCCGAGAAACCUACAAUGCGCUUACUAAUUGGUUAACAGAUGCCAGAAUGCUCGCCAGCCAGAACAUCGUCAUCAUCCUCUGCGGGAACAAGAAGGACCUGGACGCGGACCGGGAAGUGACUUUCUUAGAAGCCUCCAGAUUCGCUCAAGAAAAUGAACUGAUGUUUUUGGAAACGAGUGCCCUGACGGGGGAGAAUGUGGAAGAGGCCUUUGUUCAGUGCGCAAGGAAAAUCCUUAACAAAAUCGAAUCAGGUGAGCUGGACCCAGAACGGAUGGGCUCAGGCAUCCAGUACGGAGACGCGGCCUUGAGGCAGCUGCGCUUCGGCACGCCGCUCGCAGGGCCCGGGCGCUUCAAGGAGUGCGCUGCUAGACGCAGCUGAGGGC